AUGGUGACAGAUUUUCCUUGGACUCAGAGGUACUUCAGCUCCUUCGGUAACCUGUCCACCCCCGCUGCCAUCAUGGGUAACCCCAACGUGGCUAAGCAUGGGAGGACCGUGAUGCACGGACUGGACAGAGCUGUUCGGGACCUAGAUUACAUCAAGAACACCUACGCUGCUCUCAGUGUGAAGCACUCCGAGAAAUUGCACGUGGAUCCCGACAACUUCAGGCUCCUCGGCGAGUGUAUCACCAUAUGCGUUGCCUCCAAAUUCAGUCUCUCGGUUUUCGAUGCAGACACUCAUGAAGCCUUCCAGAAUUUUCGGCGUGUUGUUGUGUCGGUUCUCGGCAGACAGUACCACUAGGGUAGCACUUGACGACAUGAAAAUGGAAGAGAGACAUCA